GGAUACUGAAGGUUAGGGGUAGUGACGAAAGUCCAGGCAUCAUGCCAGGGGCCGACGGGGCCUCGUCCUCCUCGGCCCAUCCCCACUCCCCGCCUAUCCCGGAUGCGGAGAAACAGAGGAUAAGGGACAUUCUCAGCACCUGUUAUUCGGAUGGGAUCAUGCCUCGUCGGUUGUCUCCUAAUACCUCCCCAAACACAGUGGAGGUGGGAGAGGACUAUGUCAGGGUGACUAUCAACCCGGAAGUUCUCCGUAUACAGGCGGACUGGUUAAAAGAACACGUCGUAACUAUCCUCUAUGGGGACGAAACCACGUCAUUACCAGUGGAAGUUAAAAAACGAUUAGUCAGGAUCUAUGAGGAUGGCUGGGCAACCAGUCGGGCGAUCAAUGCCCCGCCCAAGAGAGGCUUGUUCCAUAACGAGUGCAAGAACUUAGUGACUUAUGUGUCAGCCUCUGCACAAGUGGCUACCUUCAUGCUGCGAAAAGGGCAUGAGAAGGUAACUUUGGAUAGGAAAGUAUACUCGCUCACCUUCCAACCAUGGAUGAAUGAUUUCCAACUUCAAGAGUGGAGGGAGACGAUGCGAUUUAACUAUUUUUGGAUUAAGUGUCUGCAGGUACCAGUCUCGGCGAUGCCACAGCUAGAGAAUGUUGUGGAGGAGGCGUUUGGUCAGAUACUGAAAUCCUAUCCGGCUUUUAAAGAACCCAAUUCCCCAGAGUUGUUAAAUAUCAGGUUCGACUUGGUAUCCUCCGCAAGACUGCGGUUCAAACCAUGGUUAUGCUUGGACCUAGCUGAACAUGGAUAUGUGGAAUUGGAAGUCAUAGGGGCCGAUACACCAUGGUGUGCCUCGUGUAAACAAUUCUACCACUUUGCUGGAGACCCGUCAUGCCCAAAGAACAAAAAUCGAAACUCAAAGGGACAGGAGGGGCAAAGUGGGCAGGAUGAGGGAUCCGGUGGGGGCAGAGAUAAGGAAAAGGGAGAAGAAAGGGAGAAGGAUCCAGAGAAGGGGCCAGAGAAAGAACAUGAAUCGGAGGGGGGAGACGGGAAAUCAGAAGGUAAUCAGGGUGACGAAGGCACCCGUCUGGGAAAAUCCAAAGGGGAGGACAGAAACACGGAAUCGAAUGUGAAGGGGAAAGGGAAGGACACACGGGGGAGAAAUCGAAGAGUGUUGGGGAGGAAACAACAGAAAAAAGUAUACCGCCAAGUGCGAAAAGCCGCAGCCAAAGGGAAAGAGGAAAGCCAUAAGGACACAGAAAUGGAAGAAGCCACAGAGGGUGGAGAGAAAGAGGGAGAGAAGCAGCCAAUAGACGUCUCAGAACAGGAGGAAGGGAACGGAGGACAAGGGGGUGGCCAAGGGGAGGAGACAGUGGAAGAAAAAGGAAAAGACAAGAAAGAAUCCCCAGCACUACCUACAGCAGAAAAGGAAGAAACCCCCGCCCUCCCUCUGAGGAGGACGGGAUCUAUUUUGGAAGAAGGGGAGGACCAACCCCACCCCCACCCCCCAUCCUCUACUCUCUCACCAGCGUCAAAACCCGAGGAGAUUCAAGAGGUAGGGAAGGACAUAAGGAGUGAAGCAGAAGGAAUGCAUACGGGGAUUGAAAAUGAAAGAGACCAACACCCCACCCCGAAGGGCAGCAGAAGGGAUUUUACAGAGACAAAAGGGGGAGGGGGAAUGAUUAAUUUAAUACACGAAAGCAUGAUGACAAAGGACAAAUUUGCGGAGGAAGAGGGGUUGGGGGCAUCCGAAGGGUCGGAGGAGACAAAUAGUUCAGAGGAUAUUGACCCUUCAGAGAACUCGAAGAGCCCCAGGGAAAGGUGGGAUGAAGACGAAGAAGAGGUAGGAACAGGGGGGGAGGAGGAAGGAAAGCAGGCGAACGGAGAAGAUUGGAAAUCAGAUGCAGACUCAGAGGAAGAGGCGGAAGAGGAUUUCCUGGGGGUGGUUGGGAAUUCAUUAUCCGGAGAAGGGAACGGUGAAGGGGAGGAGGAGGAGGACGAAGAGGUCAGGGAUGAUGGAUUUUCUGAUUAAUAAUAUAAGCGCGUUAGCUUCGCUGCACUUACCUGAAGGAAGAUCCGGGACAGUGGUCACAGAAUGAAUAAAACACCAGAAC